GCCGGCUUCACACUGGUUCCGCGUGUUGAUAGUGAAGACGAGAUCGAGGAGAAACAAGUUUUUUUUUUCUUCCGCGCAGCGCUUUAGACCCGAACCAGAGGAAAAUGGAAAUGAAGAAGAGGGUCUCCUUAGAGCUGAGGCACCGGUCACCGACGGAGGUCCAGGAGCUGUUUCUGGACAACUGCCGCUCGAGUGAAGGGAAGAUCGAGGGGAUCACGGACGAGUUCUCGAACCUGGAGCUGCUGAGCCUCAUCAACGUCGGCCUGACCAGCGUCGCAGACCUCCCCAAACUGGACAAACUGAAAAAGCUGGAGCUGAGCGACAACAGGAUAUCGGGCGGUCUGGAGGUCUUGGCGGAGCGGCUGGUGAACCUAACGCACCUCAACCUCAGCGGCAACAAGUUCAAAGACAUCAGCACCCUGGAGCCCCUGAAAAAGUUGCCCCAGCUGAAGAGCCUGGACCUGUUCAAUUGCGAGGUGACCAACCUCGCCGACUACAGGGAGUCCAUCUUCAAGCUCCUCCCCCAGCUCACCUACCUGGACGGCUACGACAUCGAUGACUGCGAGGCGUCCGACUCGGACGGCGAUGUGGUCGAGGACGAGGACGAGGAAGAGGGCGAGUCAGAGGACUUUGAGGAGGAGGAAGAGGAGGACGAAGAGGACGUGGUGGCCGAGGAGGAUAACGACGAUGACAGCGACAGCGCCGACGAGGACGGAGAGGUGAACGGGGACGUGGACAGCGAGGAUGAUGAGGACGAGGAUGAAGACGACGAGGAGGAUGGUGACGAGGACUCGUCUCCGGCGAAAGGAGAGAAGAGGAAGAGGGACCCAGAGGACGACGAUGAAGAAGAAGAAGAAGAUGAUUGAGGACCCCACAGAGACCCCGCAAACCCCUCUGAACUCUCGCUCGGUGACCCCCCAACCCCACCACCACCUGCACCAACACUGGCCCCGCCCCCUCCCCCCCUCCCUCCCUCCCUCCCUCCCUGGCCUCCCUUGGCUAACUCCCUGGCUGCGUCUCGUUCCAGACCCCGGCCUCCUCCCCUGGGCCCUUGGCCACCUCGCAGAUAGAAAACGACCUCCGUUAACCGAUAAACUUCCUCUCAAUCGGGUUGUUUUUUUUUUCCACCAUCCUAAUUUUUUUUUAAAAAUUCAUAUUUCCACACUUGGAUCCAAAGUUUGCGCCGAAAAGUUUCCCCAAAAAAAUAACCUGCGAUAAUUUUCCGUUUGAGGAAGCUCUGCGUUCCGGCUUCUGUUUGUGUGUGGCAACGCUUUUAUGAGAGUAAGACACGAGAGCUUUAAACUCAUAAGCCAAUAAAAUGUUUUUUUAUUUUUAUCGAUUUGUCCCCAAUUUAUCAAUUGAUCCACUUGUUGUUUCAGUCCUACAACGGAUCAAAGUCUGAGGUCACAGAUCCACACAGAGCGUUUGUGUCCGACGUCUGCAGGAAACCCUUUACUUUUUUCAAAGGAAGAAUAAUUUGAACAAUAAAGUUUUGUAGUAAAGAGCUUUGCUGGAAAAACCUUGGACGAGAUGAGAACAUUAUUUUUUCUCUGCAUUUCUUAGAAUCAGGAAGUAGCCACCGAGAAGUCAAGUCAAAACACGAGGAAUCAAACACGUUCGGGUCGUUUCUGUGGACGGAGAAGGAACGAGGGCUCAUGGGAGGCAAACCCCCACCCUCCUGGUCACCCCGCUCUGAUGUCAUCGCUCUGGGACUGCAGCUUCGUUUUCCUUAGACAGUCGAACAUCCGAACCCACCGCCUCCCUCCCCCCUCCCCCAGGCCGAGCGCGCUCAGGGCAAACUGUGUUUUCUCUCUCUCUUUUGCCAACAGAGCUUUUUAAAAGAAAUAUUUUUUCAGAGAAAUUGUUUUUGUUUAAUUUUCUAUGGUUGUCUGGGGACACACACUCUCUCUCUCUGCCUCUCUCUCUCUCUCUCUCUCUCUCUCUCUCUCUGCCUCCGUUUUCAUUUCUCUCCUGAGAGAUCCAGUUGUUCCUUCACACUUACACUGACUAGUUGAUUUUGUGUUUCUUUUUUUCCCCCCUUUUUUUUACUUUCUGUAAGUUAAAGAAAAAACAAAUAAAAAAAAAAACGUACAAAAAGGACUUUGUAAAUAAAAUCUUAACAUUUUG